GAGGCUAGAAUUCGUUUGCGGGGAUCAACAAUCAACAGGCCCAAUGAUUCAAAUGAGUUGCAAGGGCAAUAAAACCCUACUGCAAUCCUCCCGUUCUUUUCCCUUCACAUCUGCGGCGUUCCAAAACCCCACCUACCAUCUAUAUCCAAUCGCAAUUAAAUUAAAGAGAAGUGAAGAAAAUGAGCAGAGGUGGAGCAGCUGGGGCCGGUGGAGCCAAGGGGAAGAAGAAAGGAGCAACGUUCACGAUUGAUUGCUUGAAGCCGGUCGAAGAUAAGAUCAUGGACAUUGCCUCUCUCGAAAAGUUUCUUCAGGAACGCAUCAAAGUCGGUGGCAAGGCCGGAGCUCUUGGUGAUUCCGUUACCGUCACCCGUGAAAAGUCCAAGAUCACCGUCACCUCCGACUCCAACUUCUCCAAACGAUAUCUGAAGUACUUGACAAAAAAGUACUUGAAGAAGCACAAUGUGAGGGAUUGGCUUCGGGUCAUUGCUUCCAACAAGGAUCGUAAUGUUUAUGAACUGAGAUACUUUAACAUUGCUGAGAAUGAAGGUGAGGAUGAAGAAUAGAUUGUAUCGGUUUGUUAUUUUCAUACCCCUAUCUCUAAUUUUUUUCCUCUUUUUAGUAAUGUUUCUUACUUGAUCUAGGGUUUCUUUUGAAUGUUUUGGAAGUUGAAGACAUCCAAAUUUUGUUAAAGCUAUUUGCCAUUUUCAAGAUUUUUUUUGUUGAAACAAGAAUGCUUGCCUUCAUUAUAUCGGUCUUUUUUUUUUU